AUGUCUUUCACGCAGUUCCUAUGUUUCCUCGUCUUUCACAUCUGGAGCUAUGAUCGUUUCAACUGUCUCAAAUGGAACUCUGGUCGUCAACCCGGCGCUUUCAAACGGGUCAUGACAUCCACCUUGUUCUCCCACACCCAGUAUUCUUAUCUGGCGACUCUCCCAUUACUCGUUAUCUUCAGCAUAGCGUUCACCAUUAUCAAAUAUAAAGAAGGCUAUGUUAUCGCACCGCACGGCCAAAUUAUUCCAAAACCGACCGAGUUUUACGACAAGGUCAACGAAAGAUGGAUAUUGCCGCUUUACUUCGUAUUUAGCAUCGCAUGGGCGUUUGAGCUCGUAGUUGCGAUCCUAGGAAUGCCAUUGACCACGCUUGUAUCUCGGAGAAAUCUCGACAUGUGUCAAGCGUGGAUUUUUCUCGUCGGCUCGUCGGCUUCAACUUCAACAACGCUCUUAUUUCUUUAUGUCCUCGCUCGGUUUCCACUCUUCGUCCGUCGAAUAAAGGAUGAUGGCGCGGAGCCGGACGUUGUCAUUCGGCUCGUUAUGUUUUACCAGCUCAACCUGGGACGCGUCAUAUUUCGCUUUUUGUUUACUCUCCCACUAUUUGUCCUCGCAUUGGAUGGAGUGCAAGGAAAUCACAACGUCAACAGAAACUCGUUUUGGUCAGAUUUCUUACUAGCGAUGGGCGGCAUUGGGUGUUUCGUGUCUUCAGCCAUAACACUUCUCAUCUUCUUCCCUCGUUCAUUGACACACGAACUAGGAUACACCGCAAAAGCUCAGCCUCAGGAAGAAGUCAUCAAAGCCUCUUCCGCAGCCCUGGACAACGCGCCACCCCCAUCCCUGCAUCACAGACACACCCCCUCCUCCCCAAAAGCCACCCCCCACUCCGCUCCCCUCACUCCCGAUCAACCCAUGCCCAUCUCGCGCUCGCCUUCACUCUCGUCUGAGGAUCCACACGAGGCGACGCCCGAAUACGAGCUCGAGGACCCCCAUUCGUACGACGAGCAUCCCCAUGUACGCAUGUGGAAUCUGCACGACGCGGCUGUGCAGGAGAUACCUUACUCUGAAACGCCCUAUGUGUUCGACCACCAAUCACGGGGGUGGGUAUCUCGUGCACAGCAGGAGGGCAAUGCCUCGCCGUCUAACUUGCAUCCAUAUGUUCGAACGUUUACAUCACCCAUUGAUUUGGUAGAUCUUGAAGAGGACGAACGGCGGCAUAUGCACCGAGCCUAG